UGUUUCCAUGAAGACAGAGAGAGAGAGAGAGAGAGAGAGAGAGAGAGAGUGUGAGUAGAGUAGAGUAGACCAGCAUCCACCAUCCCGGGGCCGACAACUCGUAUCAGCUUCCCCUGAUUCUCUCUCUUCCUCCACAAACCAACCUCUCUGUCUCUUUUGCCAUCAUUUAAACGGCUUUUGUUUAUUUGUUUAACCUUCUUCUCCUGUGUGAGAGAGACUGUUCGUGGAGAAAGAAGGAACAAAGAAAAGACUCUUCUUUGACCGAUAGACCCAACAUUUCUUUCUUUUAUUCAAAAAUAAAAUAAAAUAACAUAUCAUAAAGCAGAGUGGUUUGCUUUUGCUUUCUCUUCUUUUUCUAUGUGUGUUUGUGAGCAGACGGGGAUGUUGGAUCAGACGGGGAUGUUAACUAAGCAGACGGGGAUGUUGGAUCAACCUCAUCUUCUUCACUUGUUCUUACUGUUUCUCUGUUUCUCUCCUCUCACUCUCUGUUCUGAGCCUAGGAACCCUGAAGUGGAGGCGUUAAUAAAUAUAAAGAACGGUUUGCAUGAUCCUCAUGGAGUUUUGAACAACUGGGACGAGUUUUCAGUUGAUCCUUGUAGUUGGGCAAUGAUCACUUGCUCCUCAGACAACCUCGUCAUUGGCCUAGGAGCUCCAAGCCAAUCUCUCUCGGGAACUCUAUCUGAGUCCAUCGGAAACCUCACAAAUCUUGGACAAGUGUCAUUGCAGAGUAACAACAUCUCCGGAAAAAUCCCACCAGAGAUCGGUUUACUUCCAAGGUUACAAACUUUGGAUCUCUCCAACAACAGAUUCUCCGGAGAGAUUCCCGUUUCCGUUGAGCAGCUAAGCAGCCUUCAAUACCUGAGACUGAACAACAACUCAUUGUCUGGGCCCUUCCAUGCCUCUCUAUCCCAAAUUCCUCAUCUCUCUUUCUUGGACUUGUCUUUCAACAAUCUUAGUGGCCCUGUUCCUAAAUUCCCAGCCAAGACUUUCAAUGUUGCUGGGAAUCCAUUGAUCUGUAGAAACAGCCCACCUGAGGUUUGUUCUGGAUCUAUCAGUUCAAGUCCUCUUUAUGUUUCUUUGAGCUCCUCAUCUGGACGCAGGUCUAAUAGACUGGCGAUAGCUCUCGGUGUAAGCCUUGGCUUUGUUGCUUUAAUAACCGUUGCUCUCGGGUCUUUUUGUUGGUACCGCAAGAAACAAGCAAGGCUACUACUGAUCCUUAACUUAAACGAGGAAGGGCUACAAGGACUAGGGAAUCUAAGAAGCUUCACGUUCAGGGAGCUGUAUGUAUCUACAGAUGGUUUUAGUUCCAAGAACAUUCUCGGCGCUGGAGGAUUCGGUAAUGUCUACAGAGGAAAGCUAGGUGACGGGACUAUGGUUGCAGUUAAACGGUUAAAGGAUGUUAAUGGAACUUCAGGGGAUUCACAGUUUCGUACCGAGCUAGAGAUGAUUAGCUUAGCUGUUCAUAGGAAUCUGCUUCGGUUAAUUGGUUACUGCAAAACUUCUAGUGAAAGGCUUCUUGUUUACCCUUACAUGCCCAACGGCAGCGUCGCCUCGAAGCUUAAAUCUAAACCGCCAUUGGACUGGAACAUGAGGAAGAGGAUAGCGGUUGGAGCAGCAAGAGGUUUGUUGUAUCUACACGAGCAAUGUGAUCCAAAGAUCAUUCACAGAGAUGUCAAAGCGGCUAAUAUACUCUUAGACGAGUGCUUUGAAGCGGUUGUUGGUGACUUUGGUCUUGCGAAGCUCCUCAACCACGAGGAUUCUCAUGUCACGACCGCGGUCCGUGGCACCGUUGGCCACAUUGCACCUGAAUAUCUAUCCACCGGUCAGUCUUCUGAGAAGACCGAUGUGUUUGGGUUUGGUAUACUCUUGCUUGAGCUCAUAACCGGAUUGAGAGCUCUUGAGUUUGGUAAAACCGCUAGCCAAAAGGGAGCUAUGCUGGAAUGGGUAAGGAAACUCCAUGAAGAAAUGAAAGUAGAGGAACUGGUGGACCGAGAACUAGGGAAAAACUACGAUAAGAUUGAAGUGGGAGAGAUGUUGCAAGUGGCUUUGCUAUGCACGCAGUAUCUUCCAGCUCAUCGUCCUAAAAUGUCUGAAGUGGUUUUGAUGCUGGAAGGCGACGGUUUAGCUGAGAGAUGGGCUGCUUCUCAUAACCAUUCACAUUUCUACCAUGCCAAUAUCUCUUUUAAGACAAUCUCAUCUUUGUCUACUACUUCUGUCUCAAGGCUUAAUGAAGCACAUUGCAAUGAUCCAACUUACCAAAUGUUUGGGUCUUCGGCUUUCGACGAUGAUGAUGAUCAACAGCCUUUAGAUUUGCUCGCCAUGGAACUAUCCGGUCCAAGAUAACACACAAAAAGAAAGAUUAUCAGUUUUCUAUCAAACUAUCCAAUGAAGAGGCUCUACACUUAUUAGAAUGUAGACAUGUAUGUAUAUAUUUUGCUUUAACGGUAAUGAUGACAAAUGAAGAAACUAUAUGAGACUGAUGUGUUUGACUCCU